AUGUGCUCCUGUUCCCCCAGUUUAUCAGCAAGCACCAGCAGCUCCUGUCUAUCAACAACCAACAGCUCAAGCUCUAAGACAAAAUGCUCCGAAUCAGAACAGGAGGCAGGGGAUAGGGAAACCUUCAAUCCAAUUCCGAUGUCAUAUACUAAGAUUUAUCCCUAUCUAUUGCAAAAAGGUUUGGUGGUUCCUAGACCUAUGGGACCUCCACCUGAUCGUCUGCAUCCAUGGUACAACCCCAAUCCACAUUGUCCUUUUCAUGAGGGUUCCCCCGGGCAUGACCUACAGGGUUCCUAUGCUUUGAAGCAUAGGGUUCGUGAGCUUAUUGAUAGAAAGAUUCUAUCUUUUAGGGACAUGGGACCAAACGUGAAGAACAAUCCUCUUCCUCCCCAUGGAGACCCUACAGUGAACACAAUUGAAGAUGCCUCUGAUGGUGUUAUGGUUGAGAAGGUUGAUGAUGUUAAGACUCCUUUGGUAGCAUUCCAUGCUCGAUUGGUGGAAGCUGGCUUGAUUGAUGUUUGUCAUGACAGUUGUGAAAAGUGUGCCACACACCUAAAGGGGUUUCAGAUGGUACGAGAUAAUAUUCAAGACUUGAUGAACCAAGGAGUGCUUCAAAUCUCCAGUAUUGCGAAGAAUGAAGACGUGUCAGUAAUUGAACCUUGUUUCAAUUUAUCUGAACCGGUUGAAAUCCCUUACUAUAGUAGAAGAGUGGUGCCUGCGAAUAGUCAUCUGUUACUUGUUGAGAUCUGUAUGCCUACGCCGUUUCCAUAUGAAAACACCAAGGUUGUGCCUCGGAAAUAUGAGGUUACCGUAGUGGAUAAGAUCGUUGAAGGAAAUGCAGAUGGUGAAGUGACAGAAAUUGUGAAUGAGGACGUCACCAAUAUUGCAAGAAUGAGCAGAAUGACCCGUAGUGGUCGAAUUUAUACGCCUGAAUUCAAUGUGACUCCUCAAGUUCCAGCCAAGGAGUUUACAAUUAUAGCUCCUGCUAAAGAACCCGAAGUGGUCCAAUCUGAAGAAGUUGUUGAAUUCCUAAAGUUGAUAAAGAGAAGUGAUUACAAAGUUGUGGAUCAGCUGCAUCAGACACCAUCUAAGAUUUCUAUUUUGUCUCUGCUAUUGAACUCCCAAGCCCAUAUGGAGGCUUUGUUGAAGGUGCUUUCCCAAGCGCAUGUAACACAAAGCAUAAUAGUAGACCAAUUUGAUGGGGUGGUUGCGAACAUCAAAGUUUGUAGUACUUUAAGCUUUAGUGGAGAGGAAUUACCUGAAGAUGGACAAAAUCAUAACUGUGCUCUCCAUAUCUCAAUAAAGUGCAAAGAUGAUGCUUUGUCAAGAGUUUUGGUUGAUACUAGAUCUUCUUUGAAUGUCAUGCCAAAGAGAACACUCGCCAAGUUAUCUUAUCAAGGACCAGCCAUGAAGCCCAGUGCCUUGAUAGUGAAAGCUUUCUAUGGUUCCCGAAGAACCACAAUUGGAGAGGUUGAACUGCCCAUAUUUAUUGGCCCUCACAUAUUCCCGAUUACUUUCCAAAUCAUGGAUAUUAAUCUGGUGUAUAUCGAGGAUGAUGAGGAUGUUUUAGAAACUUCUUUCCAAGCUCUUGAAAUAGCUAACGCCACUUUUGUGGAGAUGAAGGACCCUGUUGGAAAAGCUUGUUCAUCUUUCGCUUCUCUGAAAAGCGUAAAGUCUAGCAUUGAAGGAGGAAACCCUGAAGAUUGGGGUCAGCUUAUUGAUGUUCGUGAGAAGCAUGAUCGCUUUGGUCUGAGAUAUGUGCCUUCCGUUGCGAAAGGAGCCCGGGUCCCUGCAAAGGAAAAUAGCCGAAGCAUGCAGGAAGUAUUCCUUAGUACAGGAUUCAUCCAUGGAGAUCAGGUCAACGCAAUUGAAGAUAGCACCGAAGAUGAAGAUGAGCCAUGUUUGGUUUAUCGGUGUGAGACAACUUUGAACAAUUGGAAGGCGGUUAAGAUCCCUGAAAUUUUUCCUUUGUCAAAGUAA